UACUUGAUUGUAUUGGUAGGACUACAUUUCACUUUAACUGUUGGAAAUUUAACAUCCAAAUCGAGAUAUACUGACUCUUGGGAAAGCAAAAUGAGGCAUAAUCAGCUGUGUUGUGAGACACCACCUUCUGUUACUGUUCAUGUAAAAUCUGGGUCAAGUAGAUCACAUCAGCCUAAAAAACCUAUUAACCUGAAGCGUCCUAUUUUUAAAGAUAGUUGGCCAACAUCUGAAAAAAAUGCGCAGAAUAGCAACAAGUCUAAACGCCCCAAAGGACCCUGUCUAGUUAUACAGCGUCAGGAAAUGACUGCUUUCUUUAAAUUAUUUGAUGAUGAUUUAAUUCAAGAUUUCUUGUGGAUGGACUGCUGCUGUAAAAUUGCAGACAAGUAUCUUUUGGCUAUGACCUUUGUUUAUUUCAAGAGGGCUAAAUUUACUAUAAAUGAGCAUACCAGGAUAAAUUUCUUUAUUGCUCUGUAUCUGGCUAAUACAGUUGAGGAAGAUGAAGAAGAAUCCAAAUAUGAAAUUUUUCCAUGGGCUUUAGGGAAAAACUGGAGAAAAUUGUUCCCUAAUUUCUUAAAAUUAAGAGACCAACUCUGGGAUAGAAUUGACUAUAGGGCUAUUGUAAGCAGGCGAUGCUGUGAAGAGGUUAUGGCCAUUGCUCCAACCCAUUAUAUAUGGCAACGAGAACGCUCUGUGCAUCACAGUGGAGCUGUUAGAAACUACAACAGAGAUGAAGUUCAACUUCCCCGGGGACCUAGUGCCACACCGGUAGAUUGUUCACUCUGUGGUAAAAAAGGAAGAUAUGUUAGACUGGGAUUGUCUUCAUCAUCGUCUUUAUCCAGUGAUACAGUAGAGGUGAUGGAAAAACAUUCUCAGGAAUCACACAACUCAAUGAGCAAGAUAUUUGAUCCUUCUCAAGCUUAUAGCUAUCCUCAAGUAGCCAAUGACCAUCAAUCAAACAAAGAAAAGAAAACUGAUUUCAUGAAGAAAGACAAAUCUAUGGAGUGGUUUACAGGAAGUGAAGAAUGAGAUGGCUCAACUAAAACAACUUGGAAUCAUUAACUACAAUAUGUCUAACUACAAGACAAAUGUCAAAGUGGACAUUUAAGCAGUUUUAAAAUGCUACACAUCUUUCUUUAGCUUUUGUUAUUUUUCAGAAUUAUAAGGAAAAGUUAUACAAAUCACAGUAAUAGCUAAAAAUACCAAUCUACAAAAGUAAUGAUUUGCAACAUAAAGUUCUGUUUUGAUACUUUUCUGUCUUCAAAUCAGUUGCCCUCAUCUGAGGUACUCAGUUAAGUUGUGGUUUGAACUUCCUCAACUUGACAAGAAAAGCUAAUUUAAGUGGGGGAAAAAGUAAAGGUCAUUAUAAUAAUUUGAAGAAAAUACCAUUUAAUAUGGCCUGAAAACAUUACUCACCUGUAUGACCAGUUUGCCAGUGUAUAGGUCUAGCAACAUAGGGAAAUGAUCCAUAUGGAAAAUCAGAAUGUGAUUCUUCUGUUGUAGAACAAAGUACAUAUUGUAAAUUACAUAAAGUAUUUCAUAAUUUGUUCAAAUAUUUCAGAACUGUUAAAAUACAAAUUAAUGUCCCUUUACUGUAAGUUUUUCUUUCACAUAUUUAUUUAGCAUUUUGUUUUGGAGCUAUUAUGCCAGUUACCUCACAGAAAUAAUGUAUCAAGGAUUACAUAAUAAACUUAUAUAUAUGGUUUUAUAACUAAA